UGGGCAGCAUGGCGGCGGCAUCGAGCGGCGAGAAGGAGAAGGAGCGGCCGGGCGGCGGCUUAGGAGAUGUCGGCGGUAAUAGCACACGAGAGCGGCUGCUGUCAGCGCUGGAAGAUCUGGAGGUCUUGUCGAGAGAACUUACAGAAAUGCUGGCAAUUUCGAGAAACCAAAAGUUGCUACAGUCUGGAGAGGAGAACCAGGUCCUGGAGUUGUUAAUUCACAGAGAUGGGGAAUUUCAGGAGCUAAUGAAAUUGGCACUUAAUCAGGGAAAAAUCCAUCAUGAAAUGCAAGUUUUAGAAAAAGAAGUAGAAAAGAGAGACAGUGAUAUUCAGCAACUACAAAAACAGCUAAAGGAAGCAGAACAGAUACUGGCAACAGCUGUUUACCAAGCAAAAGAAAAACUCAAGUCAAUAGAAAAAGCAAGAAAAGGUGCUAUUUCCUCUGAAGAAAUAAUUAAGUAUGCACAUAGGAUUAGUGCAAGUAAUGCUGUGUGUGCCCCACUGACCUGGGUCCCACGGGACCCACGGAGACCAUACCCAACUGAUUUGGAGAUGAGAAGUGGAUUACUGGGUCAGAUGAACAAUCCUUCCACUAAUGGAGUAAAUGGUCAUCUCCCAGGGGACGCACUUGCAGCGGGCAGACUGCCAGAUGUCCUUGCUCCACAGUAUUCCUGGCAGUCAAAUGACAUGGCGAUGAACAUGUUGCCACCAAACCACAGUCAUGACUUUCUGUUGAAACCUCCAGGGCACAACAAAGAAAACGAGGAUGAUGUAGAGGUUCUGUCAACGGACUCCUCAAGCAGCAGCAGUGACUCUGAUUAGAAACCGUAAGAUGAAAAGCACACAGAAUUGAAUACUAUAGAAAUCUGUUUCUUAAAUGGCAAUGUGGAAAGCUAGCCAGGUGAUGUUGGCUGUAGAAUUGUUCUGCCCAUUAAAAAUCAUAGUGGACUUUUUUUUUUAAAGCCAAAAAUUAGGUUUCAGUUCUAAACCACUAGGUUAAUACUUAAAGAAAAAUCACACUUUACUGUUGGGGUAAAGCUUUUUCAGUUCAAUGCUGUCUUACCUUGUUCUGUUCCAAUUGUGUUGGA